AUGCCUCGGGGCCAGAAGAGUAAGCUUCGUGCCCGUGAAAAACGCCGCCAGGCUCGAGAAGGGCCAGAGCGUCUGGUGCCUGCUCAGACCACUGCCCCAGAGGAAGAAGAGUCUCCCUCUUCCCCAUCUCCUCAUUUCAAAGAUGCUCCCCAGAGCUCCCCUGCCACGGGAACACCCGGGAGUCCUAAAGUUCCUGGAGGAGUCUGCUCCACCAGCACUACUGCUGCAGCUGCUUCAAACACAAAAUUUAAUGAAGAUGCCAGCAAUCAAGUGGAGGAAAAGCAAAAUACCUCAAAGGCCGGGGAUACCACUGAGCAAUGUCGCAGAGGCCCUAUAGAAGAGAAAGUUGCUCUGUUGGUAUACUACCUGCUGUACAAGUAUCAAGUGAAAGAGCCAAUUACUAAGGCAGAUAUGCUGAGAAAUGUAAUCCAGACUUAUAAGAAUCACUUCCAUGAGAUCCUAAGGAAAGCCUCUGAGCACUUGGAGCUGGUCUUUGGCCUUGAUGUAAAGGAAAUGGAUCCCAACAGGAACACCUACGUCCUUAUCAACAAGCUGGAACGGAGCUGCGAUGCAAGAGUGAAUGAUAAUGGAGCUGUGCCCAAGACAGGCCUGUUGAUGACUGUCCUGGGUGUGAUCUUCACAAAGGGCAACCGUGCCACUGAGGAGGAAGUCUGGAAAGUGCUGAAUAUGAUGGGGUUGUAUGAUGGAAAAAAGAAUUUCAUCUAUGGGGAUCCCAAGAAGCUCAUCACCAAAGAUUGGGUGAAAGAAAAGUACCUGGAGUACCGCCAGGUGCCCAACAGCGAUCCUCCGCACUAUGAGUUCCUGUGGGGCCCCAGAGCCUACGCUGAGACCAGCAAGAUGAAAGUCCUUGAGUUUGUGGCCAAGAGCCAUGAUACCGUCCCCACUGCCUUCCCAGGCUGUUAUGAAGAGGCUUUGAGAGAUGAGGAAGAGCGAGCCCGAGCCAGAGUUCUAGCCAAGGCUGGUACCGCUGCCAUGGCCAGUGCACGUACCAAGGCCAUAGCCAGCAGCUUUUCCUGCCACAAGUGA